UGACUAUAAGCUAACACAGAAUGCCUCAAUCCUGGGAAGAACUGGCCGCUGAUAAGCGCGCCCGCCUCGCAAAAACCAUCCCUGAUGAAUGGAAAGUCCAGACGCUGCCUGCGGAAGACAGCGUUAUUGAUUUCCCAAAGAAAUCGGGGAUCCUUUCAGAGGCCGAACUGAAGAUCACAGAGGCCUCCGCUGCAGAUCUUGUGUCCAAGCUGGCGGCCGGAGAGUUGACCUCGGUGGAAGUUACGCUAGCAUUCUGUAAACGGGCAGCAAUCGCCCAGCAGUUAACAAACUGCGCCCACGAGUUCUUCCCUGACGCCGCUCUCGCGCAGGCAAGGGAACUCGAUGAAUACUACGCAAAGCACAAGAGACCCGUUGGUCCACUCCAUGGCCUCCCCAUCUCUCUCAAAGACCAGCUUCGAGUCAAGGGCUACGAAACAUCAAUGGGCUACAUCUCAUGGCUAAACAAGUACGACGAAGGGGACUCGGUUCUGACAACCAUGCUCCGCAAAGCCGGUGCCGUCUUCUACGUCAAGACCUCUGUCCCGCAGACCCUGAUGGUCUGCGAGACAGUCAACAACAUCAUCGGGCGCACCGUCAACCCACGCAACAAGAACUGGUCGUGCGGCGGCAGUUCUGGUGGUGAGGGUGCGAUCGUUGGGAUUCGUGGUGGCGUCAUCGGUGUAGGAACGGAUAUCGGUGGCUCGAUUCGAGUGCCGGCCGCGUUCAACUUCCUGUACGGUCUAAGGCCGAGUCAUGGGCGGCUGCCGUAUGCAAAGAUGGCGAACAGCAUGGAGGGUCAGGAGACGGUGCACAGCGUUGUCGGGCCGAUUACGCACUCUGUUGAGGACCUCCGCCUCUUCACCAAAUCCGUCCUCGGUCAGGAGCCAUGGAAAUACGACUCCAAGGUCAUCCCCAUGCCCUGGCGCCAGUCCGAGUCGGACAUUAUUGCCUCCAAGAUCAAGAACGGCGGGCUCAAUAUCGGCUACUACAACUUCGACGGCAAUGUCCUUCCACACCCUCCUAUCCUGCGCGGCGUGGAAACCACCGUCGCCGCACUCGCCAAAGCCGGUCACACCGUGACCCCGUGGACGCCAUACAAGCACGAUUUCGGCCACGAUCUCAUCUCCCAUAUCUACGCGGCUGACGGCAGCGCCGACGUAAUGCGCGAUAUCAGUGCAUCCGGCGAGCCGGCGAUUCCAAAUAUCAAAGACCUACUGAACCCGAACAUCAAAGCUGUUAACAUGAACGAGCUCUGGGACACGCAUCUCCAGAAGUGGAAUUACCAGAUGGAGUACCUUGAGAAAUGGCGGGAGGCUGAAGAAAAGGCCGGGAAGGAACUGGACGCCAUCAUCGCGCCGAUUACGCCUACCGCUGCGGUACGGCAUGACCAGUUCCGGUACUAUGGGUAUGCCUCUGUGAUCAACCUGCUGGAUUUCACGAGCGUGGUUGUUCCGGUUACCUUUGCGGAUAAGAACAUCGAUAAGAAGAAUGAGAGUUUCAAGGCGGUUAGUGAGCUUGAUGCCCUCGUGCAGGAAGAGUAUGAUCCGGAGGCGUACCAUGGGGCACCGGUUGCAGUGCAGGUUAUCGGACGGAGACUCAGUGAAGAGAGGACGUUGGCGAUUGCAGAGGAAGUGGGGAAGUUGCUGGGAAAUGUGGUGACUCCAUAG